UCUACACAAGCAGAUUAUCCAAUUUGCGAUGAUGUGGAUGGAGGACAUGAACGCGCGAACCACCGCGAGCAAGAACCGAACGGUAGAAGAUACCAUCGACGGCGCGCAAGGGGAUCAACAACACAUGGAAAUUCGUCAAGGCAAAGCAAGCACACGCGGCCAAAUAAAAUUUCCACCAGCACGCGGUCAGACGACGCGCGGGGGUUUCGCUGUACGUCUUCCAUACCCAGGUAGCCGCCCACAGGCCUUUUAUUGGAAUGAAUGCCACGAUCAAUGAUGCCGCGGUACUCCAUAUCAACAAGCACGGCCCACAUCAUGGGGUACUUCGAAUAGUACUCCCCGUUAUCGACGCAUUCAUUCAUUGUCGGUAUGAUGACGGGUCGUACAGAACAUGGCGUGUUACGUCGAAGGUACGAGUCAUCAGCUUCUGAAACGUUGGCGCUUUGUACCCGAAGUCCAGAGCAUGCUUUUUCCAGAACGGAUGGUACUUCAAGACGGUAAGGCCCACGAAGAAGGCGUCACGUGGUUUCUUUGUCGUCUUGGGGCCGCGUACUUCGGUCGAGCGCGUUUUCAUCGUCAGCUGUACUAUGUCCCAAAGGAUGUCGAACUCCGUCGGUGUAAAGUUGGUCAUGACUUUUCUAUGCCAGUGGCUUCCAGUGUCUUGUCGAUGAUAGGUUGCGUGGUGUCGGGGUCGUGGACGCGCUCAUCAACAGCGUCUCCAUGGCGCUGGUGGCAAUCGUCCAGGAAGACCUGGUCACGGACUGUCUCCUCCUGGAGACUUGCAAACAUUGCGGUGGGGUUGAAGACCAUUUGAACGGCGGGUGUUGAAUUGACUUGUGAGCUGCAGUUUUUUGUUGGGCAAACAAAUUUGGAGGGAAAUCUACAAGGCGGGGGCCAAUUGCACUUGGGAAAAUAGUAAUACACUUAAAAUACGUAUGGAAGGAGGUAUUUGAUGGGCACGUGUCGAAUUCGUCAGCCUAUGUGUGUAUUUAAGGAAUUUAGGAUGUCCCUAUGAUUUUGGUGUUUAGCUGAUCAGAUGUGCAGGUGCCGCUGAAGACAUGUUAAACUUGUACUUUAUGCCCUUAUUGACUUUUAUGGCACUGUGAAAUUCAAUAUAACGUACAUUCCAACCAGAAGUAAAGAAAUUGAUUUUGAAGCUUAUCCAUCUAUAAGACCGCUCGGAUUGGGCUCUUGUUGUCUAACGACGGCACAGCUAUGGAAGUUAUUGCAGGCAUUUGAUAUAUAUGUUUGUACGGUAUGUAUAUGUUUUUUGGUAAUUAUUUGAGAUAUUUGAUUUAUAUUUACGUAUAUAUUUUCGUGAAUGAUUCAAUCGUGUAUAUUUUUGUAAGUGAUUUUCUAACUUUUCAAUUCCUUGCUUAGGCGGGUUUUACUUGCGUUUUGCAGCCGUUGAAUGUUGCUAUUCACAAGUCAUUCAAAGAUCUAAUCCAGAAUACGUACAUGCUAAUCUUCAACAUGUUAUAUAAGCACUGCGUUGACAAUACCAUGACAUCUAUUUUAGCGAUUACGCUUAGACACGCUUAAUGCGACUCUGUAGUCUUCCACAACAAGGGCCAGCUUGUUCGCGAACAUGGCUUGCAGGUUAGCAGUCGUCGGGGGAGGAACCAAUGUGGCAAAGCUGCUCCACGCCAACAAUCUUGUACACCUUGAUUGCUUCUUCGAGUCGGUCACCGUGCCCUCGCACCACCUCGCAACGAAACACAGGCACGUCGUCGACUGACAAGCUAUUGCCGCCGACUUCGUGCAACGUACAGCUUCGAGUACCCUCACCAUUUGCGCAGCCAACAAUGCCCACGGCCUUCAACUCCAUCCACUUUCAGGUGUUGAAUUCUGCAGCACUACGUUUUGACUGGUUGAGCAUUACCCAAUCAUUGAUUAUUGGUUACAGCUUUAACAUGACCACCCAAAUUGCUUCGUUCACACUGGCUUUUUAUUUGUCUUGAAUUUAAUAUUGAUCAUUGAACGUGGUUACAGAUGUGUGGGAAAUACGGUACUAUGAGAAACGAAGGUGAAGGAAAAUGAAUAUUUUGACUAUGAUAUACUAGUUAGUAUCCAGGUCUUCUGUAGAAGGAGGUGAAACCCGAAACCCAAUGACUUGCUUUCGCAUCAGAAUUCAACCAAUCACGAAAGCAACGCACGAAAAUAAAUUCGAUGUAACACUGAUAUUCAACACAUACAAUAAAUAUAUUGAUUAUACUGUAUGAACAAUCCAAUACAACACACUACGUUUUGUUAUUAUUAUUUUGCCG